AUGUCUAAUCCACAAACUCUGCGCGUGGUGAACUGGAACAGUCGAUCUGUAGCUAAUAAGAAAAUGGAGUUUUUCGAUUUCCUGGAUCGUUUCAACAUUGAUGUAGGGAUAGUCACCGAAACGUGGUUACGUCCCACGUCAUCAAUCUUCCACCCUACGUACAACUGCGUCCGGUUCGAUCGUCCACCCAGCGAAAAUGAAAGAGGAGGAGGGGUACUAAUCGCCGUCCGACGAGGAAUCAAGUUUGUCACAAUGGACAUAUCAACUAAAUCGAUGGAGUGUGCCGGCAUCUCUAUCCCCACGGAAAAUGGCCCCAAUGUUCACUUCAUAGCGGCCUACUUUGCCGGAAUGAAGACACCAUUUGACUGGAGCGACUACCGUACCGAUUUGAGGAACAUAAUGAGAAGCAACGAACCGCUGUUUGUGGUUGGUGAUUUCAACGCGCGACACCGACAAUGGAAUUGUCUGAAGGCCAACAAAGCAGGAACCAUACUUAGGAGUGUCGCUUCGCAGUACAAUUUCUAUAUACACUACCCAGACACGUUUACUUUCCACCCAACUGGUCGCGGCAGACCAUCCACACUGGAUCUCGUCUUGUCGAACAAUUUGAUCGGCAUGACGAAGCCAACAACUCAAAACGAAUUAUCGUCCGAUCACCUACCUGUCACCUUCGACGUUCGGCUCGACGCUGAGCCGACAGAAUCAGUGCCUACGUUCCGGUGUUAUCAACGAGCCGAUUGGAGGAGAUUCCAGCGUGUGGUGGAUUCCAAGAUAGAUCUGUUGCACCCAACCUACGCUACCUUACACAGUGAAGCCGAUGUUGACCGAGCGAUUGACAACUUUACUCAAACUCUGUUGGAAGCUGAAUCCGUUGCGGUCCCGUCGGUCAUCGCCCGUGGUUAUGAUGCACCAAGUAUUUCCAAUAACACACGCGUGAUAGUACUGGCUAAACUCUUUUCGGCAUGCUUAAAAAUUUGCUAUUUCCCCUCUCGCUGGAAACACGCCGUUGUGAUUGCCAUCCCCAAGCCUAAUAAAGAUGCGACGCUCCCAUCCAACUAUCGGCCGAUUAGUCUUCUUUCCUGUCUAAGUAAGCUACUGGAAAGGUUCAUCCUAGCUCGCAUCGAAGCGCACCUGAGCACUGCCAGUAUUAUCCCGAACCAGCAAUUCGGUUUCAAGAAGGGACAUUCUACUUGUCAUCAGUUGGAACGUUCGUUUCACGUAGCUGUAGAUGGAGAAGUCUCGGACCGUAAACAGAUCCCCUUCGGUGUGCCUCAAGGAGCAGUACUCAGCCCGAUCCUGUACAACAUAUUCACAGCGGACUUGGUGAUGAUCGACCACGUCCAGUACUACCUGUUUGCUGAUGACACCGGCUUUGUUGUAUCCCAUCGAGACCCAACAGUUGUCGUGGACAAAUUGCAACAAGCUCAACAGGCCCUCGAAUCGUACCAGCAGCAGUGGAAAAUUAGGAUUAACCCCAACAAAACCCAGGCCAUCUUCUUCACCAGGAAGCGCAGUCCAAGAAACCUACCUCAACGGGAAAUUAGAGCUAACGGACAAUUGAAACCCAAGGAAGACCCACCUGGCAAAAAGAUGAAUGCUUUCCAGUUGAUGAUGAGCUCCAGAAAUAAAGCUAUCGGUUCGAAUUCUCCCGGCAAGGACGAUUGCUCUGGUGGAGAAAUUUCCAAUCCGGAGGAAUUGAAGAAGCGAGAAGAGAAGGUAAAACGAAAGUUGAAACUUGAGGAAUGGGCCGACCGUAAGGGUGCUGGAAAACGUAAGCUGCAAGAGGAAGCGGAGGAGGAAUUCAUCGCGCAUCAGAUGAAUCGUAGGACCAAGCGACUGAAGAAGUUGAUUCGGAACAUGGAAGUACCAGAGGAUGACGAGGAAGGGGAUGACGUGGAGAUGGUAGAGGAGCCAAAAGUGUCUCCAAGGAAAAAGGGAAGAUCACCGAAGAAGGAACCGGCACGACAGAUAGCGGAACAACGUGGCCGUAGAAGGUUGUCUUCCGACGAUUCGAAACCAUCGACGCCGGUGCCGGAAGAGCAUGGCGAAAGAUCUCCCGGUAAAAAGUCUGAAGGCGAUGAGUUUGUCUGUAAGCUCAAUUCUCCGUUGAAGAAGAAGGACAGUCUGCUGGGGUAUUUCAACAAGGUGGACAAGUCGCCGGAGGACGCGAAAUCAUCACAUGAGACUCCUCCAACGCCGAAACGUACGGGGCGUCCUCGCAGGACUACGGUUGCGAUCGAUGAGGACGUUCCGCCGCCGGAAGUAGCAGCCGUCGUCGAGAUUCAAGCGGAGGAGCACCAGAACGAAAACGAAAGCCCACUGAACACCAGCAGUAGCACCGGACGUCCUCGGCGGGCAUGCGCCGGAAAAAUCAUAGACUAUGCCGUGCUGAAUGGCAUCAGUCCGGAGAAGGAAUCGUCGUCCGGACGGCGUGGUAGGAAGUCUAUUGGCACUCCUUUGAAGAUAGUUAACGCGAAUUCGCCAUCCGACGGAACGAAGGUAGGUAAAUCACCAUCGGUGAGAAGUUUGGACGUGGAUCCGGAUGGAACGCCCAAGUCAACACGGAACGUUAAACUGGCUCCACUGUUUGUAAAGAAACCUGUGGAAGACCCAGAGAAGGUUCGUGCUCGGCAAGCAUUCUUGAUGUCCGGAAUCCCGGAAAAGAUGCGACUGGAGAUUGAGAAGCAGCGAUCGUUUGAGGAAUCAAUUCUGAACGAAUCGCCGGUAUUUCCACUGAUCAGUCACGUCCAGCAGCUGGUGUUUUCCGGUAGGGUGGGUGAUCGGUCCCCGUUACGAAGUGUUAAAAUUAGGGUUAAACCGGAAUCGCCGAACGAGGCGGCCGUUCCUGAAAAGGAAAAUGAGUUUGAAUUUGCUACUCUGAAUGAUUGCGACGAUUCCGUUGUGGAGGACAUCCUGGCCAAGCUGAUUGGGUAUGGUGAUUCAGAAGAGGCUUACAGUUACGUCCUACCCAAGAUCGGAAAUGUGAAGGACAUCGUUCGGGCGUGGAAGCAGAGCUACUCACAUUUUCCGGUGUUCAAAUGCUACAAGCAAUUCAAAGCCAUGUUCGAAGAACAUCUCGAGGAAAGUGAUCCUCCUCCUCUUCCUUCGGGACAGCGGAAGGGUCGGAAGCUGGAAGAGGCAAUCAUUUUAGAGGAUAGUGUGGAAAUCGUUGAGUCCAAAUAUGAAAAUCUGAACGGGGAACUGCUCUUUACGGAAAAGUACAAACCACUAAUUCCGGAUCAUAUUCUGGUCAAUUGUCAGCCGGCGAUUGCGUUGAAGAAAUUUCUCUCUAGUUGGAAGGAGGAUCGUGCUGGAAAUCCGUACGAUUCCGAGGAUGACUUCGAGAUUUCCAACUCCAGCAUGUCGUCCACCUCGAGUCAGAUCUUGAACCACGUCGUACUGGUGGGACCACCUGGAUGUGGCAAAACCUGUAAUGUUUACGCCGUGGCCAACGAUAUGAACUUCAACGUCUUGGAGAUUAAUGCCAGCAGUCGACGGAAAGGUAAGAUUAUCCUUCAGGAGCUGCAGGAAGCUACACAAAGCCAUCAGGUCCGCAGGAAGGACGAAGCUGUGGAUAUUUUCAAAAAAUCCCGGAAACCAUCGAAAAAAGAAGCUCGCCAGGUGUCCAUCGAUUCGGAAGGCUCUUCUGGAUCAAAGAAACUUUCGUUGAUCCUGAUAGAAGACGCCGACAUAGUGUUCGAACAGGACGAAGGAUUUAUCACGGCCAUCAAUCAGCUGAUAUCCACCUCCAAACGCCCUAUCGUACUAACAACCACGGAUCGGAACUGUCCCCACCUCUCCCGAUACAUCUCGAACAACGUGAUCCGCUAUGUAGCCCCAGGAAUCGCCCAUGUUGCCAAACUGCUCUCCAUCAUGUCCCUCGUUGAGAAAGUCCACCUGGAUCAAUCGGAACUGGCCCGGUUGUACGCCUUCAAUCGCAAGGACAUCCGGAAAACCAUCAAUGAGCUCCAGUUCUUUGUCCAAAGUGGAGGCGAUCGAAGUCUCGCAUCGGAACAGACCGCUCGCGUGCAAGAGCCGGAGCUCCGGAUUCGAGAAGACAAAAUCCCACAAUCUCUAUUGGAUGACGACGCGUCCCGGCAAUCCAAUGCUUCCUCCACCAACUCGGAUGCCCCUCCAGCACGGAAACACACCGCCUUGUUCCGGCUAUUCAGCCGGAACCAAAACCAGAUAGAACUGAUACGGUUCCCCGUCAAGUUUGACAAUCUCUGGUGCAAUAUGGAACGGGUUCUGCGACAGCCCCGUCCCUUCGCGCCCACUCCCUCUCCCGCUGUAACUCCUAAGCGAAAGCGGGGUCGAUCCACUGCCUCAGCGCCCAACGUCAAGGUUCCGACUAAGGACCACAGUCUUACAGAACUCGAAGAGCUGGUAUUCUUCUAUGAGAACAUCUCGACGGCUGCCCGGAUUCAGAGGGAUUCCAGGACACACGUGGACCCAGACCGCUUGGUGAACCACCUGGAGGAAGAGAUGGCACACGAACUGGUGGAAAUCUCCUGGGAACGGUGGUUCGAACCGGAACCGGAAUCCACACCGCAUGAUAAACGACGUAGCGGAGUAGGUGUCAUGUGCUACGAUAGCCUGAAGCAGUUUGAUGGCGAAGAUUGUCAAACCAUCUCCUCCUACAUCGGCAUCAAUCCCGUGCGAAGCCGAUCCACGUGCUGUGACUAUGAGCCCUACCUGCGCACAAUAUGUCGCUGCGAGCGGGAACGGGCCCGAGUGGAACGACGAGGCAGCCGUUUCUACCAUUAUUUCCGGAACUUCACCAACUGUAGUUCGCUGGCCAGCCUGGCAAACAGUAACACCGGUUCCAGCAUAGCGUUUACAACGACUAGCUUCAGUGUGGAUCACUUCGACGCGCUGAGCACUCGUUUCGAGCAGGAAUACCCGACCGCGAAUCCAACCUCCACGGAAGGGGCGACCGAUUCAUCCGAUGGGAGUCGUUAGUCAUAUGGUGGAAUGUGUUGUGUAUGUUACAAUUAGGACAAACAGUGGCACGAAAGUACGCAUCUUGAUUUGGCUUACGUUUCGAACUAACGUUUUUUUAGCAUUAGAUAGUCAUAUUUAUUCCAGAAAGUAAAUUUUCUCAAUACGUCACAAAAAAAAUCGGUAGUAAUAAUCUUCACAGCUGUGGUGUUUCAUUGUCAAUGCUUCAUGUACCGUUAUCAUCAGAGAAAAUACAUCCAUGAAAUCAUUGAAAUGA